UGGCCGGCCGGUGUCUUGCGUAAUGCGUGACGUCAGCGCCGCGGGCGCCGUUGGCGGUGUCGGAUGGCGCGCGCGGUCUAGUUCAGAGCGGGAAGCGGCGGAGGGCGGCUGUACGGCACGCGGUGGAAAGUGCAACAAAAUGCCGUGCCUUCAGCCCCAGCAGCCGGCGCCCUACUUCAAGUGCCAGGCGGUGGUGGACGGAGAGUUCAAGGAGAUCAGCCUGGACGACUACAAGGGAAAGUACGUGGUGCUGUUCUUUUACCCGCUCGACUUCACCUUCGUCUGCCCCACCGAGAUCAUUGCGUUCAGCGACGCGGCCAAGAAGUUCCGCGACAUCAACUGCGAGGUACUGGCCUGCUCAACGGACUCGCAGUUCUGCCACCUGGCCUGGAUCAACACGCCACGCAAGGAGGGUGGUCUGGGCUCCAUGGACAUCCCCCUACUGGCCGACAAGAGCAUGGCGAUCUCCAAAGCGUACGGCGUACUAAAAGAGGACGAGGGCGUCCCAUUCAGAGGCCUGUUCAUCAUUGAUGGUAAGAGCACGCUGCGCCAGAUGAUUGUCAACGACUUGCCGGUCGGCCGGUCGGUGGACGAGGUGAUGCGGCUGGUGCAGGCCUACCAGUUCACCGACGAGCACGGCGAGGUGUGCCCAGCCGGCUGGAAGCCCGGAGAGAGCACCAUGAAGCCCGAUCCCAAGAAGAGCAAGGCGUACUUCUCCUCAGCGAACAAAUGAGGCGCUGGGGCCUAGCGGCAUCUACCGAAACUCAGAGAACCUGUCAUUCCGCUUCGCCCACCGCCAGAUGGCAGAGGCUCCGGGCAGCGGAGAAUGCAGCACGCCCUUUCCACUCACUGUAGCCCUGUUUUGUGUUAGUGAUAUUCUGUUAUCUGGUCAUCUUGUCAUGAAUAAAUGAGCAUUUUGAAAU